AUAGGCAAUAAUAAUUACAUAAUUUACUUUUGCCUUGACUGCUUGACCGUCGCCACUCUUUGUUAUAAUAUUACGGACUGCGGUUGUCGGGUUCAAUAUCAUAGUAUCAUAACAAAAUAUAAUAAAUAUCAUAAUUUUUGAAAGCUCUAAGCACGACCGAUCUUCCGCGCUGACGAUACAUUGGCCUACACCAAUAUUUUCGCGACAAUUUUAUCACGAACCGUAUAUAGGAACCCGAAAACGUUCUAUUUCCUGGUCAGUGUGAUACCACAACCCGAUCGCCAGCACUCGUAGUUAAACAAAUACCCAAUUCAAAUAACAACGUUAUAAUAAUCUUUAAAUGUUUAAUUGUAUUAUUUACUAUUAUUUCAACAUUUAACCGCUGUGCGUGACGCACGUCGAACGUCUACGAUCAGUCGCCAUAUUGAUCGCGUAACGCGUUAUCAAUAUUUUAUUAUUAUUACUGCGUUCGGUGUUUGUUUUGCGUCUCGCGCCUACCAGCCACACACCGACACCGCGCGACGGACGAGUGAUAAAGAAUUAAUUGUUGGCCGUAACACGACAAUGGAGCUUGGAAACUCCGCCGCCGCCGCCGCCCGCCGUAUACGGUAGACGGGUAGUACUUUUUAGUUUUCACGACUUGGUUUCCACUUUAGUAUUCCGUAGGCCGUUCUCGUUUGUCACGGCGUUUCCCCCGUCGGCCGCGUUUGUCCGCAUUGUCGACGCAGUUCGAUAACAAUAAUAAUAAUAAUAGUAACUACAAUACCUAGGUGCGUUGUAUAAUACUGUACUUUUGUUGUCAUUGCCGAUUGCCGAUCGUGGAAAAAUGACGGACACGAAACCGCUGUUGGACAACAGCGAUAUGACCGCUCAAAAAGCUUCGGAAGCAGAUUCUCCUUCUUCGUCCAUUAUUGAUUCCAAUACAUUAUCUAAUAAUGUACCAAAUGAAAAUUCAGAUUUUACAGUUCCUGAGAUGGGACCUGAAAAUGCUGCUUCUAAAGUAACAUGUAGAGUUUGUCAAGAAAUGAUUGAUGUAAUUGGUAAAAGGGAACAACAUGUUGUAAAAUGUAAUCGCUGCAAUGAAGCUACUCCUAUAAGAAGCGCUCCAGCAGGCAAGAAAUACGUACGCUGUUUGUGUCACUGUCUUUUAAUUUGCAAAAGUACGUCACAACGUAUUGCUUGUCCCCGUAUAAACUGCAAAAGAGUUAUAAACUUAGCGCCAAGUCCAGUAACACCCCCAAUACCUCAGGUUCCAGGCAUGUGUCGCGUUACUUGUGUGCACUGCCAGGAUACAUUCCUUUUUAAUAUGUUACAAAACGCAUUGGCCAGAUGUCCGCAUUGCCGUAAAGUGUCUUCUGUUGGCCCUGAAUUCGCCAAAGCAAAAGCCAUAUUUUUCCUCAUUUUAUCCGUAAUAUUGUUUAUUAUUGGUGGAGGUGUUGUAUUCUUCACAUACUCAAACGCAAAGGCUCACAGCGGUUAUUUCAUUAUUCACAUUGGUAUCCUCAUAUUAACACUUUUAGCACUUUGGAAAUGUAUAUAUUACUGCCGAAUUAAAGUCAGCUCUAUUGAUGGACCUGUUUAAAAAUAAUAAUAUAUUGUAUCCUUAGAAUAUUGGCCAUUUUAAAUGUUAAAAAAAAUUAUUUUAUACUAUGGUAAAUAAUUAUUGUAGUUUUAUACCUCUUGUUUUUUUUUUUUUUUUUGUUUAAUAUUAAUUGUAUUUGUCGAAUCUUAUAAUAUGAAGAAAAAGAUUCUAUUUACAAGUGUACACUUGUGCAGUGAUGUUGAACAAUAUUAAUAAUUCCAUAUUAUUACUAUUGUUGAUGACGAUAAUCUUCUAUUUUAAGUAAAAAAAAAAAAUUAAAAUUUUAAAGACAUUCUUCAAUCUAACAUUUAAGAAAUUGAUGUCUGUUCCAGAUAACUUAAGUUUAAUAAUUGAAUUAUGUUAUGUAUCCAAUAAUUA